AUUCAGGUUAACGUAUCGGCUGUCAGUCAACCGUUCAAUUGUCGUCCUGCGGUCCACCCGCCGACGCUCUCUCAUCCCUCCAUAAUGUUCACACCGACUAUGCCGCUGUCGCGGGCUCUUCGCCGCCUCGCCCUGACCACGAAGAGGGCCAGGAAAGGCUUCUACAAAGGCACAGGAACCGGAUCGAUGGGCCAUUUCAAUCAACACGCGGACGGUCGGCCAAGAUUCCCUUUCGCGAUUUACCGAGUGGAUUACUCGAAGGUGCGGACAUAUGUGCGUCCGAUGUACCUCGAUGAUUGCAUGCUCACGCCCUUCGUUGCAAGAGGACAUGGAAUCGCCUCUACUUCGAAUCCAGACAAGCCGCGCACGCUGAGGAACCCGUAUUACUAUGACGAGAAAUAUCCCUACAUGAAAGAUAGGUGGAGUGGGAGGUUUUACCUUCAUCGGUGGAAGAAGGAGUUAGGCGAGGAGUGAGGAACAGGAAGGCUGGACGAAUUGAGAGCGAAGAGGCGCGAAUUAUUGGCAUUAAACCGGGCAAGGGGAUAACUUGCAUAUGGGACGGCGUUUUGAAUCCAGUGUAAAAUUAUGUUAGAGUUGUUGGAGGGGCUACGGAAUCCAGCGUUUGGACGGCAUAUCCAUGGCACCAGGGCUUG